AUGGCCCCAAUCACCAAGACUCUCGCCCUCGCUGGCGCUUUCUUCGCCAUCUCUGGCUUCGCUGCCCCCGUCAACAAGCGCGCUGUUGUGUGGGAGACCGUCACUGAUGUCGUCUGGGAGACCGUCGAUGUGACCACCACCAUCUACCCCGGUCACGGCCAGGCGGCUCAGACCACCGUCGUGCCUGUCGUCACCACCACCGCCGCGGAGACCACCCCCACCGUCCAGGCCGCCGCCGCUGCUCAGACCCUCAAUGAGGAGGAGGCCACCACCUCCACCAUCGUUGCUGCCCCAACCACCACUGCCCAGCCCACAACCACUGCCGCCCCCGUUGUUCAGGCCGCCGCCGAGUCCAGCAGCUCGACCUCGUCUGCUGCUCCCUCGUCUACUUCCUCUGCUAGCUCCAGCUCCAGCUCUUCCACCAGCUCUGGCUACACCGGCUCCUGCAGCGAGGGCUCCCCCUGCACUGGUGACAUUACUUACUACGACACUGCCACCACUUCCUCCAACCCCAGCUCUUGCGGCACCACCAACGACGGUACCACCGAACUUGUCCUUGCUCUGCCCCACGGUAUCAUGACCGACGGUGACUGCGGCAAGUCCGUCACCAUCACCCACAACGGUGUUUCCAAGACCGGUACCGUCGUCGACAAGUGCAUGGGCUGUGACAACAACUCCGUCGACCUGUCUCGCGCUUUCUUCGAGGCCCUGGCUGGCUCUCUCGAUGCUGGUCGCAUCGCCGGUGUUGAGUGGUACAUCAACUAA